UGCGGGCGGUGCGGUGGGAAGGGGCAGGAGCCCGACGGCGGGGAGCCCUGUAUGAGGCGCCUCUGAGCGACUCCGCCGCCGGCUGCCGUGAGGGCAGAGUUUACAUACACCUGGAAGAAGAGAAUGUCAAGACGCAGUAGUCGUUUACAAGCUAAGCAGCAGUCCCAGCCCAGUCAGACGGAUUCCCCACAAGAAGCCCAGAUAAUCCAGGCCAAGAAGAGAAAAAUAGCCCAGGAUGUCAAAAAGAGAAAAGAGGAAAAGGUCACCAAGAAACAUCAGUAUGAGAUUAGGAAUUGCUGGCCACCUGUAUUAUCUGGGGGAAUCAGUCCUUGCAUUAUUAUUGAAACACCCCAUAAAGAAAUAGGAACAAGCGACUUCUCCAGAUUUACAAAUUACAGAUUCACAAAUCUUUUUAUUAAUCCUUCACCUUUGCCUGAUUUAAGCUGGGGAUGUUCAAAAGAGGUUUGGCUAAACAUGUUAAAAAAGGAAAGCAGGUAUGUUCAUGACAAGCAUUUUGAAGUUCUGCAUUCUGACCUGGAACCACAAAUGAGGUCAAUACUUCUAGACUGGCUUUUAGAGGUAUGUGAAGUAUACACACUUCACAGAGAAACAUUUUAUCUUGCACAAGACUUUUUUGAUAGAUUUAUGUUGACACAAAAGGAUAUAAAUAAAAAUAUGCUUCAACUCAUUGGGAUUACCUCAUUAUUCAUUGCUUCCAAACUUGAGGAAAUCUAUGCUCCUAAACUCCAAGAGUUUGCUUAUGUCACUGAUGGUGCUUGCAGUGAAGAGGAUAUCUUAAGGAUGGAACUCAUUAUAUUAAAGGCUUUAAAAUGGGAACUCUGCCCUGUAACAAUCAUCUCCUGGCUAAAUCUUUUUCUUCAAGUUGAUGCUCUUAAAGAUGCUCCUAAAGUUCUUCUACCUCAGUAUUCUCAGGAAACAUUCAUUCAAAUAGCUCAGCUUUUAGAUCUGUGUGUUCUAGCUGUGGAUUCAUUAGAAUUCCAGUACAGGAUACUGGCCGCUGCUGCCCUGUGCCACUUCACCUCCAUCCAAGUGGUUAAGAAAGCCUCAGGUUUGGAAUGGGACAACAUUUCAGAAUGUGUAGACUGGAUGGUGCCUUUUGUUAGUGUCAUAAAAAGUACGUGUCCAGUGAAGCUGAAGACUUUUAAGAAGAUUCCUGUGGAAGACAGACAUAAUAUCCAAACACAUACAAAUUAUUUGGCUAUGCUGGAUGAAGUAAAUUAUGUAAACUCCUUCAGAAAAGGGGGACAGUUGUCACCAGUGUGCAGUGGAGGCAUUAUGACACCACCGAAGAGCACUGAAAAACCACCAGGAAAACACUAAAGAUGUGGACCCGAACAAGCUGGAACUGACCAAGUUUUGGGUAGAAUUUCAUGCAACUUAACUACCAUUGUCCUAGCCAAUUCAGAAGCUACACUGCCAUCCUUAGAUUUUUAAAGCCACUUAAAAUUGGCACUAAAGACAUUUAAUUCCUAUGUUAGCUGGUAAGGAAAUAGCAGAAUUUGUUUACAAAGAUGACUUCAUUCCCAAGGUUACUGGAUAGAAGGCAGCCACGAUUUGUGCCACAGCAACAUUUUUUGAUCCAGUGUUAACUAUAUUUAUCAUUAUAAACCAGGAAUUUUACCACUGGAGUUUGGGCUAGGUAAAUGCUAUCUUAAAGGGUACAGUAAGUGAUAAUAGUGCUUUGUAUCUAGCUUUUAGAUUCUCAAAAUUCCUGCCCUCUUAACUAGUGCAAUUUGGUUCUUGAAAAUAAAAUUUAAAUGUGUUUACAAAUGUUCAGUUUUGUAAUAAGGUGACUAAUUUAUAGCUGCUAUAGCAAGCAAGCUAUUAUAAAACUUGAAUUGUUACAAAUGGUGAAAUCUAAACUUUUUUUUUAACUAGUUUAUUUGCCUUGCCAUAACAUUUUUUAACUACUAAGCCUUAGAUGAACAGUGUUCUAAACAGUGGGAGUACCAAAGAAAUUAAACAAGAUAAAUGCUGUGGCUCCUACUUGGGGCUUUAUUUGACAUAUAGGGUGCUUUAUAAUAAUCUUUUUGUAAAUCACAAUUUGGGUGAAGAACUUAAGUACGCUUUCAAGCUAUUUAUAUGAGAAAGUCACUUUAUUACUCUAAGAUAUCCCUAAAGACUUUUUUAAAAAAGUUUAGUGUGAUUAAGGCUUUAUUUAUAUGAGAAACUGUUAAGGUUCUUUUUAAAUUCCUAUGUUAUGAAAUAAGGACAGUGUCAAAGUGAUAAAGCUUAACACUUGACUUAAACUUGUAUUGUCUUAAGGCAGAAGAUUAAAUGUAUGCUGAUGCCAAGAAAUCUAUUUAUUUU